AAUAUUGUUAUCUACCGCAAUACGAUGAAGUGCUCUCAUUGAAAAUGGGCACCAGUGACUUUAGUAGUUUAAGUUAGCCACGAUGGCGAUUUUAACAACGAUGAAACAGUUUUUUACCCUGGAGAACAAUUGUAUUAUAAUUUUACUUCUACUUCUUUAUUGGACUUUUCACUCACCCACUUAUGGUCGGACAAUUAUUAAAAAUUUAGAAGAUGUCGCUCUCCCCACUGCCAAGAGUAUCUUUAGUGGCAGUGUCUACAAUCGAACAUAUCCCCUCUCUGCACCUUUCAUAGUAUCACAUGGUAUUAAAUAUAAAAUUGCUAUAAUUAGUGAUCUAGAUGAAAAUAGUAAGAAAGGUAAUAAAUGGAUAAGUUACCUUAAGAAAGGAUACUUAACAUAUAAUCCUACAGAUAAGCGUGCAAGUGUGGAGUGGGAUAACGGUGACCCAGUUGUGCUGUCAUCAGGAUAUUCUCUGAAUGGGCGAGGCAUGGAACUGUCUGAACUGGUUGUCUUCGAUGGAAGGCUGCUAUCAGUUGAUGACAGAACCGGUAUUAUUUAUGAAAUUGACACGGUUCACAACAAGGUAUACCCCAGGGUUCUCCUUCCAGAUGGAAACGGUAAAUCAAUGAAAGGUUUCAAGGCAGAAUGGGCAACUGCAAAGGAUGAAACAUUGUAUGUUGGAGGAAUGGGCAAGGAAUGGACCACAUCAGAAGGAAUACUUGAAAACUAUGAUCCACAGUGGAUUAAGACAGUCUCACCAGCAGGAGAAGUGAAACACUUCAAUUGGAGAGAGAAUUACAUUCGGUUGCGACGUGCCUUACAAGUAGAAUUUCCAG